AUGGCUUUUCUGUUCACUCGUUUGGUUCGUUAUGUUAUCUUUGCAAUUGUACUGUAUAGUGUAGUACAGUACAUGUUACGAUGGAAGUCGUAUUCUAUUUCACCAAAGGUUUUCCGACAAGCUUGUGCUGCAGCACACGGAAGUAGUGGUAUUUCGAAUGUAAAUAAAUUACGAAGCGAUUUACGUCGUUCAUAUCCAUUGCAAAUCAUCGACAGCAACUGGGAAGCUGUUUAUGGUGGUGGUUUGAACGUACAGGCAAAUAUUCUUUAUGCAUCCAUUACCGAAUUUAUCAUUGUUUUCCGUGCACCGUACCGAACAGUCGGUUUUGCUGGAUGGCACUGGGUCAACAGCACAUGUACGGUUUUGAGCGGCGGAGUAGUGCGUACUGCUCAUAGCGCUUAUAGUGGAAAUUUGGACAAGUUUGAACCUGGUCAGAACUUUCGUCAUGGUGAAUUUGAACGAUAUACUUAUGAAUUUGCACCCGAUUCAUACAUAGCGUGCUAUGGACGCGGUGCUGUACCUUUGAGUGCUGCAUGGAUGGGAAUGGGUUCUCUGGCGAAUGGUGAUCCGAUUUCGUUUGCGAAGCUGCUCUAUGUCUAUAACAGUGCUUGUAUUCACCAAAUUAAACAGUCAUUAGUAAAAACAUUCAAUUAUUAUAAAUCAAAGGCUCUAAAGACCGAGUUAUAA